AUGGAAGAGCCUUUUCAAGAGGAUGAAAUAUUGCAACAGCCUGUAAUUGAUGUAAAUAUUGACCUUGGAGGCACUUUACAAGAUGAUAAUGUGCUAGUAGAGGAAGUUGAUGUCUCCAAUAUUGUUGAGGAAGAAGAAAAUGAUAUGGGAAGAGGUAGAAGUAGAACAUCUUAUAGGACCACACCUUCUCCAAAUGUCAAUUCUGGUUCGCAAUAUUCUUCUCCUGACUCCACACCUGUUGUUCAAUCCACACAAUUCAAUCUCCAGUCACCACCCCCACCACCACCCUCACAACCUUUUGCUCCCAUGCUUCAUCAAUUUCCAUAUCCUGGAACCACGAUGCCGCCAUGGGGUUAUUAUGGUGUUCCACCUACUUUCUACCCACCAGAUGUUGUACCACCGAGUGGCCAAUAUGUUGGGGGAACUUCUCAUAUGCCAGACAGACAUUCCCCAUACACAUUCAUGCCGACACCGCAAGGACUCAAUUCAUCAUCUGCUUCUACAUAA